AUGCUUCAAUCCAUCCCAGUUUGGGACUGGUCCUUGGCAACACCACUUCAGUACCUCGUUGUCGCGACCAUCGUUGGAUUCCUCCUCUCCAGUCUGAGGGGCUAUCAUCGACUUCGACAAUUUGACGGUCCUUUUCUCGCAAAGUUCUCUCGAUUGUGGCUUCUUCAAACAGUUGCCAGUGGCAAGGCAUAUCUUACUUUCUGGAAUGUUACACAAAAAUAUGGUCCCAUUGCCCGCGUUGGCCCCAAUGAUCUCAUUACCAGUGAUCCCGAUCUCGUCAAGCACAUGUACAAUGUGAGGUCCGACUACAGACGUUCACAUUGGUACCAAGGCAUGCGCUUCGACCCCAGCAGAGAUAAUCUCUUGUCCUUGAGAAAUGAAGACGACCAUAAAGACCUGCGUGCCAAAAUGGCAGCCGGUUACUCUGGUCGCGAAGUAGACGGCCUCGAAGCCAAAAUCGACGAAAACAUUCUGCGCUUUACUGAAUUGCUGGGAAAAUAUGCCGACAAGGGAGCCGUGGUCGAUUUUGGAAAGAAGGCCCAGUACUUCACCUUGGAUGUGAUUUCGGACAUUGCAUUCGGCUCGCCAUUUGGAUUCCUGCAGACCGAUUCUGAUGUGUACAAAUAUAUUGAGACUACGGAAAAGACUCUUCCUGUGGUCAUGAUGACCACAGUUGUGCCAUUUCUUGUCACAUUGUUCGCCUCGCCUUUGAUGAAGCCGGCUCUUCCAUCAGAGAAGGAUAUAUUUGGUUUUGGGAGAGUCAUGCAUAUCGCGAAACUCGUCGCUGCAGAACGGUACGGACCGCAGAAGAAAGUACAGAAGGACAUGCUUGGCUCAUUUGUAGCCCACGGUUUGACGCAAACCGAGGCCGAAUCCGAGAUCCUUCUUCAGAUUGUUGCUGGCUCUGAUACAACUGCUACGGCAAUCCGCUCUACCCUCCUACACAUUGUCACCAAUCCCCGAGUACUCACCAGAUUGCGCCAAGAAAUUGCGUCCGUCCAUUUUGAUAGCCCGGUCAUACCAGAUGAUGAUGCCCGCCAAAUGGAAUAUCUCCAGGCCGUCAUCAAAGAGGGGCUUCGCAUCUUUCCGCCCGUGGCCGGCCUCAUGUCCAAACAGACUCCCCCGGAAGGAGAUCACUGGAAAGGCGUCUUCAUACCUGGCGGCACCCGAAUUGGCUCGUGCGCAUGGGGCAUUUUCCGCCGCGAGGACAUCUGGGGCAAAGAUUCCGACGAGUUUCGCCCCGAGCGUUGGCUAAACAAUUCUCCUGAGAAGAUACAUGAAAUGGAAGGCACUUUGGAUCUAAUUUUCAGUUAUGGGCGUUGGCAGUGUCUGGGCCGCCCGGUUGCACUAAUAGAGCUUAACAAAAUAUACGUUCAGCUUCUACGAUUAUUUGACUUCUCUGUUUGCGACCCGACAAGUCCUUGGAAAAUUUACAACUGCGGCAUAUUCUCUCAAACUGACUUCCGACUGCGUGUUGAGAGACGAGAAUUUUGA